AGACUUCUCUCAUGUAAGGACACUCGGACCUUGUUUGUAUUGAGUGUUCAGUAGCGAAAAAAUUCUUCCAAAAAUUAUAUUUGAAGCCUCAUUAUACCGCGUGAUCGCAUCUGAGAGGUUUAUUCUUGAUUGAUUAGGAAGUCAGGAUGUCAAAACUAGUGAUAUUUGACCUUGGUGGGGUUGUAGCAACUACACCAGUCUAUACUAUCCAACAGUUUGCCUGGGAAAAGGGCGUUCCAAGUCAGCUGCUUCAGAAGUUGUUCCUUCCGAGUGAUGAAAUGCACCCGAUGUUUCAGUUAGAAGUUGGUAUAAUUUCCUUAUCCCAGUUUUAUAAAUUAGCAGAUGAACUAGUGUUGAAGCUGGCUGAUGAGGAAGGUAUAAAACUGCACAAGGACUUCAGCAUAGAGGGUCUCUUUAAGAAAAUUCCGAAGUCUCUAAAUGCUGUCCCUGAAAUGCUCAAUGCUUCUGCUGCAUUAAGAGAGAAAGGCAUAAAAACCUGCAUUCUAACCAAUAACUGGACAGACGACACAGAAACUGGUCUACUGGUGUCCAAUCUUAUGAGGCUCAGGUAUUAUUUUGAUGAUGUAUUUGAGUCUUGUAAAUUGGGGCUGCGCAAACCUGAUGGUGAAGCAUUCAAAGUUGUUUGUGAGAAAAUGGGUGCCAAUAUUAACGAGGCCAUAGUGCUGGAUGAUCUGCCAAAUAACUUAAAGCCUGCAAAAGAGCUAGGAAUGACUACAAUUCAAGUCAAAGAUCCUUUUUCUGCACUCAAAACACUAAAGGAGAUUACUGGUGUAGAUGUGUUUGCCCCACAUCCUGUCUCACCAUGUUCUCCUAAUGAGGUUCCACAUUGCUUUGUGACAUUAAAGACUGGUAUCAAGAUGCAUUAUGUAGAUGUUGGUCAAGGUCCUGCUGUGAUUCUCUUGCAUGGAUUCCCUGAAUUCUGGUACAUUUGGAAAUAUCAGAUCCCAGCACUUGCACUGGCUGGUUUUAGGGUUAUUGCUCCAGACCUUAGAGGAUACGGACAGACGACCAGUCCAUCAGAGAUUGUAGCCUAUGGCAGAGAAAACUUAUCAAAAGAUAUUAUUUCUCUCCUGGAUUGUCUGCUCCUACCUCAAGUAACAGUUGUAGGCCAUGACUGGGGUGGUGUAAUUGCAUGGGACCUUGCUAUUCACUAUUCUGACAGAGUACGUGCCAUAGCUAACAUGACUCCGUACCAACCACCAAACCCAACAGUUAAUCCUCUCAAAGCUCUUCAAGCCAAACCAGGGGUAUUUCAGUAUCAGCUGUACUUUCACAAAGAGGGAGAAGCAGAAAAGGAGUUUGAAUCUGACUUAAGGAAAACUUUUAUCUACAUGCUAAGAUAUUCAACAGAUCAGUUGAUGGGGGGUGAGCUUUCUACUGCCAAUGUGCUUGAAAGAGGUGGAAUCUUCAAAGGCUUUCCAGAGAACGUAGAAAAAAGUCCCAUGAUAACAGAGCAGGAUUUGGAUUACUUUGUAGAGAGCUUCACUAAGACUGGCUUCAGGGGAGCUCUUAACUGGUACAGGAACACUGAAAGGAACUGGCUUUGGAGCUUAAAAGUUGUUGGAAGAAAAAUUCAGCAACCUUCACUGAUGAUCACAUGCGGUCAAGACCAAGUUAUAAGUCCAGCGUUAAGUGCGCACAUGAAAGACUGGGCUGUCAAGCUGUCUCAAGUGCACAUAGAAGAGUCAAGUCACUGGACUCCAUUGGAUUGUCCAUUAAAACUAAACAAUAUCCUUAUCGACUGGAUGAAGAAAAUCAAAGAUGGAGCUGACACAUCAAAACUGUAAGAAAUGGCUUAAUUAGCAUCUUGACUAGUAUAUAGUAUAAAUAUCCAACACUGACAGUUGACAGCUAGUAUUAUUAUCAAAUCAGGAAUAUACUAACAAUAAUCAAUACUAAUAAUACACACUGGGACAAUUCAACCUCUUUGGACAUUUAACUAAAAAUUGAACUAUAAUAAGGAAAAUUUAAAUAUGACGUUUUGUCAAAGGAUAAUGCUGGUAGCAGUAAAUCAUAUAUGUUCAUAGAUUUAGAAAAUGAUCACAGAAUACAAAAUGGUCCUGACAGUUUAAUUUGAAAUUCUGUGGUGCUUUCUUACAGUACUUAAUCAUUAGAGCUCUACUAUGGUUUUUCAAAUCAUAUAUAGCUUCAAUAUAACAUGCAUGUUGGUUGAUUUGAACGAAGGAUUCCUUCUUGGUGUCUGUCACAUUAACCUACAUGGUGGUCAUGUUUUCUCGUCCUACUGAACAUGCAAUAAUGUCAAUAAUUUUUCAAAUUUAAGAUGUGAUUGAUUGAUUAAGCUUUAUUACCAUAUUUUCAAAGUUUAUUUACAAGAUAAUAUUGAAACAGAUAUUGGUAAUAGCUACUCAGGAUAGCUAGACUAAUCGAGUGAUGCACAGAGUUGAUUUAAAAUAUCCAUUGAUAAAUCUCGUAACAUGAAUGAUGUUCAACAAAAUAAUCCUGGAACUAUUUAAUUUGAAAAAUUCAAUUUGUAUCAAUGGGAUAAUGAUAUUUUAACUUUUGUUAUGUCUGAAAUUAUGCACUUGUCUUGAUUGUAAACCAAUUUAAUGAUUACUUAAGAAGUUAAUCAUUUUUUAUAUUUUUUACAACAAAAUCAUGGAGAUAAUCUAUUUAUUUAU